UUUUUUUUUUUUCUUGUUGUCGAUUUAUUUGCAAAUAACCGGAAAAUCUUCUUCACUUUUUUCUGGGGUGGGCUUUUGUCAGACCACAAUUAUGAGACCGGAUUUCGACAGCUCUCGCGAUUUCUCAGGUGGAAUUUUUUUCCGAUUUCGAUUUCAGCAAAAAUUGACGAAGUUAUCGCCGAAAAACUGGACUAGAGAGACCAUUUUGUUCACUUUUUCCCUCCGACAUUCAACCAUAGAGCUUCAAAAAGACCACGGCAAUCGAUUCCUCUCGAAAUUCCCCAGAUGGAAUUUUUUUCCGAUUUUCCGAAAAAAAUCUGGGUCGCGAGAUAUUCGGCAUUUUGUUUUGCCGAUGGGCGGCGAUUUGUUCCUGCCACUCACGCACACACGCACGCACACAUAGCGCUUGUGCGAGGGUGUGCCCUCGCCCAUACGCCCUACUGCGGCACUCAGCACCCGCAGCAGUCAUGGACACGAAGAAGAAACGUGGCAGACCACCAAAGCGAGGCAGGUUCAAAGGCAAAUUUCAGAGCCAUGAACCAGCUGUCGCUGCUCCCGAGCCAUUGGACGACAGCACAUCUUCUCCGAUGGAAGUCGUUGACGAACCACACGACGACCACGACGAAGCCUGGUGCGACGAAGACGCCGGUGCCGCCUCGGGUGGAAGUCAGGCCACACUGUCUUUCGGGUCCGCUGCUGCUCUCGGUGAGUCUCCAGCAGCUUGCGCCGCACUGUCUUGGGUUCGCGAGGUUGCGCCGCCUCGGCGUGCGGAGGGACCUUGUCGGCAGACUCUCAGCCGUCGCAGACAGGUUGCGCU